UCUGGUAAAGCACAUCAGCGAGGUGCACGUCAGAUUUUUACUCGCAAGGUCGGGUCGUGUCCACAGUUUCGACGUGGGAGUCCCUUAUUCUGGGCAAAGAUGAUGUCCAUGUCCGCUCGUGCCGGGGCUCUUUCCCCUUACUUGCAGGCAACAAAACAGACAGUUAAAAGCCUGCGGUCCUCUGCUGCCAAGGACUUGGUGCCUUCUGCUGCUCCUGGGGGGAUCCGCCUGGCCCAUACAGAUAUCAAGAUUCCUGACUUUACAGACUACCGUCGCCCCGAGGUUACGGACCCCAACAAGUCCUCCCAGGAGAGCAGCGAGGCGAGAAGGUCCUUCUCUUACCUCGUCACUGGAGCGACCACUGUGGUUGGUGUGUAUGCCGCCAAGACGGUGGUCACCCAGUUUGUCUCCUCAAUGAGCGCAUCAGCAGAUAAAGCAUCAUAA